GGAGGGAAGAGCUGUGAGGUUUGGGUUGUCUGCGGGCCACGAGGUGUUUUGAGCUCUCUUGUAAACGUGUGUGGAAGCAAAGAUGUCGCACCCGUCUCCCCAAGCUAAGCCCUCCAGCCCCAGCAACCCCCGAGUCUUCUUUGAUGUGGACAUCGGAGGGGAGCGAGUUGGUCGAAUUGUCUUAGAAUUGUUUGCAGAUAUUGUCCCUAAAACUGCAGAAAAUUUUCGUGCGUUAUGUACGGGAGAAAAAGGCAUUGGAUCCACAACUGGGAAACCUCUCCAUUUCAAAGGAUGCCCCUUCCAUCGAAUUAUUAAGAAAUUCAUGAUUCAGGGUGGAGACUUCUCAAAUCAGAACGGGACAGGUGGAGAAAGUAUUUAUGGUGAAAAAUUUGAAGAUGAAAAUUUCUAUUAUAAGCAUGAUCAGGAGGGUUUAUUGAGCAUGGCAAAUGCAGGACGCAAUACAAACGGUUCUCAGUUCUUUAUCACAACAGUUCCAACUCCUCAUUUGGAUGGGAAACAUGUGGUAUUUGGCCAAGUAAUUAAAGGAAUGGGUGUGGCAAAGAUACUGGAAAAUGUAGAAGUGAAAGGUGAAAAACCUGCCAAAUUGUGCGUUAUUGCAGAAUGCGGAGAAUUAAAAGAAGGGGAAGACUGGGGAAUAUUCCCAAAAGAUGGCUCUAGUGACAGUCAUCCAGAUUUCCCUGAGGAUGCAGAUACAGAUUUAAAAGAUGUAAAUAAAAUUUUACUGAUAACAGAAGACAUAAAAAACAUUGGAAAUACUUUUUUUAAAUCCCAGAACUGGGAGAUGGCCAUGAAGAAAUAUGCAAAAGUUUUAAGAUACGUGGAAGGUUCAAAGGCUGUUAUUGAGCAAGCAGAUAGAUCUAAGCUACAACCUAUAGCUUUAAGCUGUGUGCUGAAUAUUGGUGCUUGUAAACUGAAGAUGUCAAAUUGGCAGGGAGCAAUUGAUAGCUGUUUGGAGGCUCUUGAAAUAGAUCCAUCAAAUACCAAAGCACUGUAUCGCAGAGCUCAAGGAUGGCAAGGACUAAAAGAAUAUGAUCAAGCAUUGGCUGAUCUGAAGAAAGCCCAGGAGAUAGCACCAGAAGAUAAAGCUAUCCAGGCUGAAUUGCUGAAAGUCAAACAAAAGAUAAAGGCACAGAAAGAUAAAGAGAAGGCUGCUUAUGCAAAAAUGUUUGCUUAA